ACACGGGAGCAACAUGGGUGGCCCUGCAGAGCUGCUCCCUCCCAGGUGCCUUGGCGGCAACAUCACCCCUUCAUUCCUGGCCAGCCCCCCCGGAGCUGGUGGCUGCCAUCAGCCAUAAACAGGGGUCUUCUGGAGUGAAGCGAACACCACCUUCCCGCCGAGGUCUAGGAUGGAGAUCCUGGGCGAAUUUGACAACGAGUCCCCACUCUAUGUAUCUUUCUGCAAGCGGAUCUCCCCGGAGGACUUUGAGAGGCAGUCCUUGACUUACACCCAGAAAUGCCUGCACGACCUUUACACCAAAAUGGAGCAGAAUCCCGGCAUCUGUGAGCGGGUCGUACAGAAGAGGAAGCAGCUGGAGAGCCAGGAGGCUGGGUUGGCGUCCUAUCUCAAGGCCAAGUUCCUCUCGCUGUUUAACUACGGUGGCAACUCGCUGGAAGUGGAGGAGAUCCAAGAAGAGGCGGAGCAGCUGAAACGGGAGAUGCAACGCGCCAGCAACUAUGCUUUCGCUGCCAAGAGCGCUUCCCGCUGGCCGUCGGAGAGGAAGCCCAGAAGGAACAUCCCUUUGGGGAGAUUCGGUCCCGGCCAGACCAAGUUUCUGGACCCAGCUGUGCCGGCCAUGCCCAGAAUCUUUGGCCCUUACCCAACACAGGCAGAGAGAUCAGCAGGUGGCAACACAGAAUGGACCCAUCCCCAGACCAACGUAGCAGUCCAUCCAAAUAGCAGCACACUCGACCUUCAUCCCUUCAUGCUGAAUCCUGGCGGCUACAAUCCCUGGCUGCUGCCUAGCGACUCCUGCAUCCGGCUGAAAUCCUCCAACUUUCCAAGGACUCCUGCCAGAAACGCGACAUCACCCUUCCAAAACGACAGCCCGUCCAGCUCCACCCCCGGUCUGAACACUCCCACCCUAGCCAAGCCCCGAGAAACAGCAGAGGACAAGGAGAACCAAAGCCUGGACCCCAGCUCUCACCCGACAGGGGCCUAAAUGUCACUCGGUAUAUGGGCAGAUGCUAAGCAAAUGAAAAUUCAGUGCAUGA